AUGAGCGGACGGCUGAUGGCGACGGCGGCCAGCCGACUCCCCGCCGCGGCGCGGGGAGCCAACUCGCAGGUCGCCGCCGCUCGUCAAUAUCACAAACUGCCCUCGGGCGGCCUCCUCCGCGCAGAUGCGGCCAUUCGGGCGACCCAGCGCCGCAUGUGGUUCGGUUCCGGCAACUCGUUCCACAACGCCGUCGCUGUGCGGAACGCCUCGUUUGCUCGGUACCUGCCCAAGCUGGUCGUCAAGUUCAUCCGCAUACCGGCCAUGGCCGGAGGCGUCAUGAUCGGCGGGUUUGCCUGGGUCCAAUACAAAGCGCAGCAGGCUGGAACCUAUGCGUGGGACGUCAUGAACUCGGCCAAAGAUGGCAUCACGAAUACAGCAUCAGGGCUAUUCGUCGGCUUCAAGGAUAUUGCCGACCAGACAAUGAGGGGCCUGAACAACACGAAAGAAGAAAUAGAGUCAUCAGAAUUCGUCCAAAACAUCAUGCGCUUGCAGGAACAGAUUGGCAUGGGCGGAAGCGGCGGCAAGGGCGGUCCUGGCGGCGAAGAGCCACCAAAGCAGAGCAGGACAGGCGUCGCGGCUGUGGGAGGAGCCUCGGCGGCGGCAUACGGCUACGAACACGCCGACGAUGACCCGAGGUCGGCCGAUGAGGCUGCCAAAGACGACCAGAUGAUGGUGCUGACGAAGAAGAUGAUCGAGAUCCGCAAUAUGCUCGCACGAGUAGGCCAGUCCAGCACCUUGACCCUGCCAUCCAUCGUGGUCAUCGGCUCCCAGUCUUCCGGAAAGAGUUCCGUGCUCGAGGCCAUCGUUGGACACGAAUUCCUGCCCAAGGGCUCCAACAUGGUCACGCGGCGGCCGAUCGAGCUCACUCUGAUCAACACGCCAAACUCGAACGCCGAGUACGGCGAAUUCCCAGACCUCGGACUGGGCAGAAUCUCGGACUUCUCAUCGAUACAACGGACUUUGACCGAGCUUAACAUGGCCGUGCCCGAUACGCAAUGUGUGUCGGACGAGCCUAUUCGCCUGACCAUCUCUUCCCCAAACAUUCCCGACCUGUCUCUUAUCGAUUUGCCUGGCUACAUCCAGGUUGUUGGACACAACCAGCCGCUUGAGCUGAAGCAGAAGAUCUCCGAGCUCUGCGACAAGUACAUCCAGGCGCCGAACAUUAUUCUCGCUAUUUCAGCUGCGGACGUGGAUCUGGCCAACUCGACAGCUCUGCGCGCUAGCAGAAGAGUCGACCCAAGAGGCGAGCGGACGAUUGGAGUCGUUACCAAGAUGGACCUGGUCGACGCAACCCGCGGUUCUGCGAUCCUGACUGACAAGCAGUACCCUCUUCGCCUUGGCUACGUUGGUGUCGUAUCGCGCAUGCCUUCGUCGACAGGACUGUUCAAGUCUGGCCGGACAAAUCUCACCUCGGCCAUCGCCAAGAACGAGAACGCCUACUUCUCUGCCCACCCGCUAGAGUUUGGUCCCGACGCUGACGUCCACGUUGGCACCACUACGCUGAGGAAGAAGCUCAUGCAGACUCUUGAGCAGACCAUGUCCGCCAGCUUGCAAAGCACCAGCGACGCGAUCCGCCAGGAACUGGAGGAGGCGAGCUACGAGUUCAAGGUGCAGUACAACGACCGCCCUCUCUCUGCCGAGUCGUACCUCGCCGAGAGCUUGGACGCCUUCAAGCACUCCUUCAAGCGCUUCGCCGAAGAGUUUGGCCGGCCAGAGAUGCACCAGAUCCUCAAGAACGAGCUGGACCAGCGUGUCCUGGACCUGCUCGCGGCGAGAUACUGGAACAAGCCGAUCCAUGACCUCUACGUGCCCAUCCCGGAACCCAACAACCUCGUCGACCUGCCCAAGGCUGACCCAGACUCGCUCUACUGGCGCCGGCAACUGGACGCGUCCACGUCUUCCCUGACAAAGCUUGGCGUGGGCCGGCUCGCGACCAAUGUGGUAGCCGGCGCGAUCCAAUCGCACAUCAACUCGCUAAUCAACCAGUCCACAUUCGUCAACCACCCAUUCGCACGCGAUGCCAUCACCAACGCGGCCUCCAGCAUCCUUAACGAGCGGUUCUACAGCACUAGUGAUCAGGUGGAGAACUGCAUCAAGCCAUUCAAAUUCGACAUUGACAUGGAGGAGCGCGAGUGGGUUGCGGGCAGAGAGCACGUGCAAGGCGUGCUCAAGAAGGAGUUGACCGCGUGUGAGGGCGCGAUGAAGGACCUCGAGAACACGGUCGGGGGCCGGAGAAAGCUGCGCGAGGUCAUGGGCUUCGUGGACAAGGCUAGGCGAGGAGAUGUCACCGUCGAGGGCGAGGUUGCGAGUGGUGCGGGUGGUUUCAGUGCUGCCUUGCUUGCCAAAGCACGCGAGGCGGUAUUCCUUCGCGACCGCGCCGAGAUUAUCAAGAUGCGCCUCUUGGCCGUCAAGAGCAAGCAAUGCGCGAGCAUGAAGAACAAGUACCACUGCCCUGAGGUGUUCCUCGAUGCUGUGGCCACGAAGCUCGCCUCGACGGCGGUGCUGUUCCUCAACGUGGAGCUCCUGACCGAGUUCUACUACAACUUCCCGCGGGAGCUGGACCUGCGACUCGGCCGCCACAUCUCGGAUGAGGAUGUGGAGAAGUUUGCCAAGGAGGACCCAAAGAUCCGGAAGCACCUGGAGGUCAUCCGACGCAAGGAGCUGUUGGAGUUGGUUCUGGAGAAGAUGGAGAGCCUGCGGCACCUGGAAGGGCGGGACGCAACCAAUCGCAACAACGGAUCUGGUGGCAGGAAAGAUGGAGAAAAGGAGAGAGGGCGAUGGGGCCUGUUCUGA